GAGACACGAGCAUCCAACGCUGUGUGUUUACAUCUGUUUGUUGUUUCUGUAAAGAGAUUCUCAUCUCCGAGAUUUUAAUUUUGAGAUGUUGAUGAUGAGAGAUGAGAUGGAGACAAAAACUGAACCUACAGAAAUAAACAUUGAACAUACAGAAAUAAAAACUGAACCUACAGAAGAGGAAGAUCCCACUGAUGAAGAUGAUGAGUUUAUUCCUUCAGAUGUGAAGAGUGAAUCAUGUUCUGAUGGAGAAACAUCCUCAACAACAGAAGAGCGACUGACAGCACAAACUCUUUCCUGCAUCACCUUUGGAAAGACAUUCAGAUCACAGAGACAAUUAGAGAGACAUGAGAGAAAACACACAAAACAGAAACUCUUCACCAGAUCUGAGAUCAGCUUUACUUCCUUACAAGUGAAGAAACUUCAUUCAGAAGAGCACACAGAAAAGAAAAAGCAGUUUGACUGUCAGCAGUGUGGAAAGGGUUUUGACUUCUUAUCUCAGCUGAAUAUUCACAUGAGGACACACAGUGGUGAAAAACCUUUCUACUGCAGUGAAUGUGGGAAGAGUUUUAGUCAACAUGGCAGUUUAGUGAAACACCAGAGAACUCAUACAGGUGAAAAACCUUACAAAUGCUCUCAAUGUGAGAAGACUUUUUCUUGGUUAUAUUCCUUAACGGUCCAUCAGAGAGUUCACACUGGAGCGAAACCUUACGUCUGCUCUGACUGUGGAAAGAGCUUCACUAAUUCAUCUCAUUUGAGAGCUCAUCAGAGAGUUCACACUGGAGAAACCCCCUACCACUGCUCGAUCUGUGGGAAGAGCUUCUCUAAGUCAUCUAGUUUCAGAGUUCAUCAGAGAUUUCACACUGGAGAGAAACCGCAUCACUGUAGUGUUUGUGGAAAGAGUUUCAGUCAACCUGAACAUUUAGUAAAACACCAGAGAACUCAUACAGGUGAAAAACCUUACAAAUGUUCUCAGUGUGAGAAGACUUUUGCGGAUUCAUUUUACUUAAAAAUCCAUGAGAGAAGUCACACUGGAGUGAAACCUUACAUCUGCUCUCACUGUGGAAAGAGCUUCACUACUUCGUCUUAUUUGAGAACCCAUCAGAGAAUUCACACUGAAGAAAACCCCUACCACUGCUCGAUCUGUGGGAAGAGCUUCUCUAAGUCAUCUAGUUUCAGAGUUCAUCAAAGAGUUCACACUGGAGAGAAACCGCAUCACUGUAAUGUUUGUGGGAAGAGUUUCAGUCAACAUGGCAACUUAGUGACACACCAGAAAACUCAUAAAGGUUAAAGACUUUACAUAAGACGUGUACUGGGUAAGGUCAAUUAAAGGGGACAUAUUAUGAGAUUUUUUUUAAGAUGUAAACUAAGUCUUAAUCUAGGUCUGAGCAAAAGUGUGCCGUUUUGGGUGUGUCAUUUAAAAUGCAAAUGAGCGGAUGAAGUGCAACCACUGAUCACAAUGAUGGUGGUUUGUUGUAAUUGAAACUCAAUUGUGCUGUGAAUUAUUUUCCCUCUCUCUCUUGCUCUCCGUACUAAAUGGUUGUGCUGUGGUUGGAUAGUGCAGAUAAAGGGGGCGGUAUUAGCUUAUUCUGACAUCACAAUAAGGGCCAAAUUACAAUGACCUAUUUUUUCACAUGCUUGGAGAAAAUGGUUUACCAAAACUAAGUUACUGGGUUGAUCUUUUUCACAUUUUCUAGGUUGAUAGAAGCACUGGGGACACAAUUAUAGCAGUUAAACAUGGAAAAAGUCAGAUUUUCAUAAAAUGUCCCCUUUAAAUUAGUUUUAGUAAUAGUCUUUUUUCUAAGAUGCAAUUUAGUUUUAGUAAUAUUUUAGUCAUCUGAAUUAUGUUUAGUUUUAGUCUAGCAGGGUUUCCGCUGAGCAUUAAAAAGCAUUAAAAGUCAUUAAAUUGAUUUUGCGAAAAUUAAGUUUUAUUAUCUUAAGCCACUUGCUUACCAAGUAAAUGUAUCUCCAUUUAAGAAUUUUCUGAUAUUUAUAUUAGAAAACAAGACAAAAAACUAAGACUUUUUCUGGAAUUUGCACUUUCCCGUGUCUGCGAAGUUUGCUUUCUGUGCUUUGCACUUUUCCAGGACGAAGCCAGCCACGUUACAACAUUCGGCGUUACCAUAAUUUUGGGCUGGCCAUUGCAUUUAAACUGGUUCCGUGUGUUAUCAUGCUAAUGUACAUAUUAUUUAUUGACAAAUCCGUUAUUAAUUCUAAAAACUACACUCAAAAUAAUUUGUUCAUAUGUUUCUUUAAAACUAAAAAAAUGCCUGUAGAAAUAAAAUGUGAAGCUUU